UUUUACAUACAGGGUGCUUCCAGGGCAGGUGACCGUGCCCUGAGAGAUCGCGGGAUCACUCCAGUGGUCAUUCAAAGGUUGUUUGUGUCGUCCGACAGCUUCAAGGCGCGCAAAAGACCGUCCAUACCGUCCGCGUUCCCGCAACCCAAGAGACACUUUGAGAUCAUGUCGGACCAAUCCGACGGCUGCCCGGACGGCCCCCGGCGGUCUGCUACGUACCCUCGCAUCCUGGCGGCAAACGCGACAUCAUCUUUUCUUCCGGCAACGCUGCGCCCUCCAGCACAAGCCGCCCAGUCUACCCAGUCUACCCGUACCAGAAGUUCGAUGGCAACGUUGUUUGGUGGCACUGCAGCUGGUAACAGUCCAGCUGGACUUGUCCGAUCAACACCUUCGGCAAGGCAAACGUUGCCGGCGCCAAGAACCAACUCGACAGGUUCUUCGAUGGGGCUGCUCAUGCAGGCGCCUCUGUCGUCACACAUGGUGCGCCCUCCCUCUACAGCACCUCUGGCAACAGCACCUCGUCACCAAGUUCAAGCAUCUCCGACCAUCAAUGUUUAUCGAGCACAAUCGGACAGAUACCCACAGAAUAGUCAGUCAGCAACAUUACGCAGCAGCAGCCUGCCUGCACCUUUCCAUAUGAGCCGGCCCCAGGACAGAAACAUUCCUGCUACCUCAUGUCUGCCACUGACGAGUGAGCGCAGGGAUGGAUCGAAGGCAGCAACCGACUAUUGCCCGCCGUUAGCCGACGUGCCUCCUCUCUCGGAGAGACUGGACACUGAUUACUCCCAGUGCCAGACUGAGCACACCUCUUCAGAGCCACUAGGGCACCAACCUGAUGGCUCUGCUCACUGUCAGCUUGAGCCCGUCCACAGUGCACGUGUUCGUUCCUGGACAUUGUCACCUAGUCAGUCAAUGCCAAGAGCAGCACCGCCUGCAAAUCUGACGGUGACUGUCACCCGGCACGCACCAACCAGACUAAGCAGCAGGUCCACUUGGGCAGUGCCCUCUUCUGUCAGCCAGUCUUCUCAAGGCAGCAGCCAGGCAUCCCUGACCUUGUCGCAGCGCCCAAUCCAGCGUUCUCCGCCUCCGAGCACAAGGCCUGUGAUGCCUAUGAGGCAAGAGAAGGGACGCCGUCGACGUUCAUCCUCGGGUUCGACCACAAGCGAUGGCGCAUCACCAUCCAAACGUGCAAUUGCAGUCACAAAUGACGAGGCAAUCAUCGAGAGCGAGCACGGCUCGCCUGCCUCUUCUUGUAAAGUUAUUUGCCAACUGCAACACUCACCACCUGCUGUCAGCGCGAGACUCUCGGGCAGCUCUUACGACUUUGGCUCGCUGUACGGCAGCUAUAGUAGCUCUGAAGGUCGACAACCUGCUGCACCUCAGAAGCCUUGGUCAAUCCCCGACUUUGAAGACCUCGUCGCCGCAAAUCCCAGCAUGACUCCAGCUCCGACUACAAAUGCUCGUCCUCCAGCCAUUAAGUCGCCCGUCGACAACGAGGCCACCCGACCACCGUCAAGGGCGUCUUCCCUGGACGCAAUGACGUCGGAAAUUAGAGUAAAUUCCACACCACCUUUGACUUUGGAAGGAUACUCGCCUGUUAAUGGCUCUCCAAUUGUCAGACCUCGUCGAACAAAGGCUGUUUUAUCACGACUGAUUUUGCCAGCACAAAAGAGCCCAACAGAGACUCAUCAUGGUCUUCAUGAGCGUGCUAAUGAAUUGCCGCAGCCAAUUUCACAAAGCCUUGAUGGUUUAAACAAAGAUUUUGGAAACGGUGACUCUCCUAAUGAAGAGCUCAACGAUCAGAGAGAUGAAAGUGAAAAUAAUGCAGAAAACGAGCAAAAUGGGGAUGUGGUCUCUCAACCUCCCCAUCAGCGACGGUCCACUCGAGUUUCUAACGCUCCUCUGAAAUUUUCUGACUCGGCGCUCAUCGGACACUUGAACAAGCUCUCAAGGCACCUAUCGUCAAGACAGGUUUUACAUCGCAUAGAGCCUCAGGUCAAUCAGGCCAAGACUAGUGGAACUGCUCAGAUUGUUCAAGAGGCCCGCCCAGACUGGAUAAGGAAAUGUUUCAUCCCUGGGUGUGAUAUCAACUCAAGGAAGGAUCCGACUAAGAAAUUGUUUUCCCUUACAAAGUCUGUCCCUCUGCGACAUGUGAUUUUUCGGAUGAUCAGAGAAAGAAUUGAUCCGAACUAUCAGUCCAAAUCAAUUCAAAGCGGACUAUACUGUUGUGAGCUUCAUUAUAAGAUUCCGGGUGAUGUCAGGCCUGAAACCAUAAAUGGAUUCGAUAAGACACAAUGGCGACUCAACCCAAUGACGGUGCCUUCAAAGCUGAAGAAAAUUAAUGGUGCAGGAGGUACCAUACUCUGGGUGGAAUGGCUGCAAGUGUCCAAACCUGACGAGCAAGUUCAUAAGUCACAGAACUCAACUGCUCAGCCUGAGUCUCAAGUAUCGGGAGGCAUGAGUAAUGCAGACUCUCCGCGUUUGCGUUUCACAGAACGUGAAAAACAAAAAGACCCCGAUUUCAUCUUUCCUGGAUCCCUGGAUACAGAAAGUUCAAGUCAACAUCAUGUUGAAAAGGCCAUUAGAGCUGAAAAGGCAUCACUACGACACUCGGUGGCUUUGGACAUGAUGCUCGAAAGACCAGACCUUUUUUUAGGUAUCAGCAAAGAAAAUAUUCACUUAAUCGAUGCGUUAGCAAAGAAAGUCGGGCCGACACCAGAAAAGGGACGCGAUAAGGUUCUCUUAACCAUUCGAAAAGUCAAGCUUAAUGAGAGCUUUGAAAUUUUGGGCCUUCAUUUUGGCAUUUCGAAAAGCAAAGCAAACGAAAUUUUCAAAGCCACCCUACCCACAAUCGCAGAUUGCCUAAGAGAAACCAUUGGCAUUCUGAAACCCCAGUUACUAGUCAGAAAUUUGCCGAUUCCGUUCCGCUAUGAAUACUCGAAAGUAACCCACAUCAUCGAUUGCUUUGAAAUUCAAACUCAAAUUCCGUCCGACGCGUGCGACAGAGCAAUCACAUUCAGUUCCUAUAAAGCGUGCAACACCAUAAAGUACUUAAUUUCUUGUACGCCUGAUGGAUAUUGCAAUUUCGUCUCUGCCGGUUAUGGUGGACGCCGCCAUGACAUGGCAUUCAUUCAGCAAUCGGGCAUUUUGGACCAUGUUAUUCCGGGAAGAACAGUGUUGGUAGACAGGGGGUUCAAAAACGUGGACACUGUUUUUGAGUCAAAGGGUGUCAGAAUGGAAAAGCCACCUUCAGUGCGAAAAGGAAUUCCGAUGGAUGAGGAUCAGGGACCCGGUUGUAAAAAAAUUGCAGCUCUUCGAAUCCACAUUGAGCGAUUGAUCGGUCGAGUGCGAAACUUUAAAAUGGUGAGCCCGCACGCGUGCAUUCCAUCAUCUAUGAUUCAGUACCUAGACGACGCAGUGGCGGUAGCAGUGGGAUUAGCAAAUUUCAGCCCCCCUCUUAUUAGACGCUGAAGUUUUUUAUUUAAUAUGUAAAAUAAAUUGGUUUGGACUUUCUUUUAAAAAAACUUUUUUCGCAUCGCACCUACUUAGUGCGAGUGCAAGGAGCAAGCUCAUGUGCAUUUUCACAUUACAUGUAUAAAUUUAACUCGAUUGUACACAUUUUUUUUUUUUGUU